CGGAGACAACCGAAAUAGUACAACAAUAUUAAAUUACGUUAUUUAUUUUUUUAAAUCUAAAAAAUUCAUAAACUCCAAUUUGGACUAACGUUACCAACAGUCCAACACAAUCUACAACGACGUCGUUUAAUUUGCUUUCUCUCCAUUUAAACGACGUCGUAGCUAACAUAGUAAAACCGGCAAAAUAUCAAACCGGUGACAUACGGCGGAGAUGGAGAUACGCGCGGCGGAGGAUAUCGAAAUCCGCACAGAUCUAUUUCCGCCACUCUCUCCACUCGCUUCCUCUCUCUACGACUCAUUCCUCUCCUCUCACUGCUCCUCCUGCUUCUCCCUUCUCCCCCCAUCUCCGCCGCAACCUCUCUACUGCUCCGCCGCAUGCUCCCUCACCGAUUCAUUCACCAAUUCCCCUCAAUUCCCACCGGAGAUAACACCAAUCCUCCCCUCCGACAUCCGUACAUCUCUCCAUCUCCUCAAUUCCACCGCCGUCGACACUUCCUCAUCUCCCCACCGUCUUAACAACCUUCUCACUAAUCACCACCUCCUCAUGGCUGAUCCUUCCAUCUCCGUCGCUAUUCACCACGCCGCCAACUUCAUAGCCACCGUUAUUAGAUCAAACCGGAAAAACACAGAGUUGGAAGAAGCAGCUAUAUGUGCUGUGCUAACAAACGCCGUUGAGGUGCACGAUAGCAACGGACUAGCUCUUGGAAUCGCUCUCUAUAAUUCAAGCUUCUCUUGGAUUAACCAUAGCUGCUCUCCAAACUCUUGUUACCGUUUCGUCAACAACAGGACGUCGUAUCAUGAUGUUCAUGUCACCAACACAGAAACAUCGUCAAACUUAGAAUUGCAGGAACAAGUUUGUGGUACUAGUUUGAACAGUGGUAAUGGAAAUGGACCAAAGUUGAUUGUUAGAAGUAUCAAGAGGAUUAAGAGUGGUGAAGAGAUCACUGUAUCUUAUAUUGACUUACUUCAACCCACGGGAUUGAGACAGUCAGAUUUGUGGUCGAAAUAUCGAUUUAUGUGUAACUGUGGACGAUGUGCAGCUUCACCUCCAGCUUAUGUGGACUCUAUUUUAGAGGGAGUUCUUACGUUGGAGAGUGAAAAGACAACCGUUGGUCACUUUGAUGGAAGUACUAACAAAGAUGAAGCAGUGGGAAAGAUGAAUGAUUAUAUCCAAGAAGCUAUAGAUGAUUUUUUAUCGGACAAUAUCGAUCCUAAAACAUGUUGUGAGAUGAUUGAGAGUGUUCUGCAUCACGGCAUCCAGUUCAAGGAAGACUCACAGCCUCAUUGUCUGCGGUUACAUGCGUGUCACUACGUUGCUCUGAAUGCGUACAUUACUCUAGCUACUGCUUACAGAAUCCGUUCGAUUGAUUCUGAAACUGGCAUUGUUUGUGACAUGAGCAGGAUAAGUGCAGCCUACUCUUUAUUCCUUGCUGGUGUUUCUCACCAUCUCUUUUGUGCGGAACGUUCUUUUGCUAUAUCUGCAGCAAAAUUCUGGAAAAAUGCUGGAGAAUUAUUGUUUGAUUUGGCCCCGAAGCUUUUGAUGGAAUUAUCUGUAGAAUCUGAUGUCAAAUGCACGAAAUGUCUUAUGCUUGAAACCUCUAAUUCACACAGAGAUAUCAAAGAAAAGUCUAGGCAGAUUCUGAGUUGUGUCAGAGACAUCUCACAAGUCACAUGGAGUUUCCUCACUCGCGGUUGCCCUUACCUGGAAAAGUUUAGGAGUCCAGUUGAUUUCAGCUUGACUAGGACCAAUGGCGAGAGAGAAGAAUCGAGUAAGGAUCAAACGGUAAACGUACUUUUACUCUCUUCUCACUGCUUACUAUACGCAGACCUUCUGACUGAUUUAUGUUACGGUCAGAAAUCACAUUUGGUGUCUCGAUUCCGAUUGUGAUCUGCCGUUUGCUUAAGUUGAGGAAUCGGUGGUAUAUGAUUUGUGUUACCUGUUAAAUAGAUACAAGGAAGUAUGUAUUCACAGCAAAAUUGGCCAUAGAUGAAUGCCAAAAUCAUAUAUUUUUCUUAUAUUAACAAUUAAAUUUACGAAAUGGGUUAUGAUUACGAAAUGGAAUUAAGCAAAUCAAAGUAUUGUGGCAAUGGUCUAAAGGAUUUGACUUGUCUGUUGUUUGUUCCUCAAAGCAACUAAAGGUUAUAAUCAAGGAAGAAGAAGCUACUGAAGGGCAGGUAGGUAUUAUCAUCCCAUUUGAGAAACUAGAGAGCUUACCCCUUAGCCAUCUACCUGAUCUGAAAGCAUCUACUACUGGAAUGUUGUACCAUUUUCAUGAUUGAAGAAGAGUGUCCAAAGCUAAUGAAGCAUUCCAUUAGAUUCC